GUUUUUCAGUGACCCUGUUAUGAAGCAGUUCAUACUACAUUUGGAUGAUACAUUAAAGCUGGGAUCAAAGUUUGUGUUGGUCGAUUUGGACGAGUGUCAUCUUUUUGUGCAGCAAGAAGUUUAUAAUAGUUUGAAGAAUCUCAUUGAUGAACAGUAUGAAAAAGUUUACUACAAUCAGAAAAGCAGCUUAGACUCUUAGCAGGAAUGACCACACGUGAAUCAGGCCGUAUCAAGGAUGCCCCACAGAGGCGCAUCCUGGAUGAGGCAGCAAGACGAAGGAGGGUGAGAAAAGCGCUGGAGGCUCUGGAGCAAGAUAACUUUCAUGAUGAUCCACAUGCUAAUCUUGUUAUGAGUAAAAAGGUACCUAGAUUUGAUGAGUCUUUAGAUAGAAACAAGAAUAAAGAGCAUAAGAGGAGGACCCGAAGCUCAGAACAUUUUAAGCAAAGGUUUCGGAAGAACUUCCCAAUACUGUUGGAGGAGGAACAGGCAAUAUGCCCAGAGGGACCUAACUACCUGACAGUACAAGCUCCACCAUCAAAACAACCAGAACGUCAGUUAUGUGCUGUUUGCGGCUUCCUAGCACCUUAUACAUGUAUACCCUGUGGCUCACGUUAUUGUUCUGUCAAGUGCCUGAACACUCAUCAAGACACUAGAUGUCUAAAAUGGACAGCAUGAUAUUUUUCAGUGUAUUAUUGUCUUAGUAUCUUACUCUAAGGGCUUUGCACUGCAAAAUGAACAUUUUUUUUAAUCAAUUUGUAUUUUUCACAACUAACAAACCUGAGAUCUUAAUGUUUUGAUAAAUCUUAUACUGCCAGCUGUUAAACCGGUAACAUUAAUAAAUUGUGUUUGCAAAGAA